AUGAAGCGCGUUCUCGCUUCACCUACAGCACCUGGACGUGCCUCCAUGUACCGCGUCCAGGCCAGCAGGCGCAUGACCACCACACAGCCGACGCGGGCACUGAGGCCCAGCGUUCCCGUCCCCGUUGCAGCAUCGUCGCCACUGUCCCUUCCUCGAGCCUCACCGUCUUCCUCCACCUCUUCCACCUCGUUCUCAUCACCCCCGGGACCCAAGGGGUGGGUUGAGCCAGCAUCGGACGUCGUGGACGAAGUGGACCCGCAACAGGUCCACUUUGUCCUCCACGCGCCAACCGUGGCGGCGGCGGUCGGUGCAAUCCUGACGUUUACCGCCGGCGUGCUCUUCUGGCUGGACGGAGAGCUCAAGGACCUGAAGCAAGAGGUGAGGAAAUUCCCAGACGAGGCUGUAUACUGGCCCCCUCCCCCACUCACGCUGCUGCUGUGGCGGCUGACGGCCAAGAUUGACGACAAGUUCAGACGCCUCGACACCAAAAUUGACCACCGCACCGAGAUGCUGCGGACCGACAUGCUGCAGAUGGCACUGCACCUAAACGUGCCGCCACGAGUGCGCGAGCAGGACAACAACAUGUCUACUACUGCGGAGAGCGCCAAAACAACCCCUUGA